AUGCUGGUUGGCCUCUAUCCAUUAGGUGGAAGUUCCAUUGACAUUCAUCCAAAUGCUCGAUGGCAACAAAACGGUAUCACUGUAGCUGGAGGAAAUCGAGAAGACAAUGGAACCAAUCAACUCUCAAGCCCUUGGGAUUUGUAUGUUGAUGAUGAUCAAACAAUCUACGUUGCUGAUACGGCGAAUCACCGUAUUGUGGAAUGGAAAUGGGGUGCAACGAGUGGCCAAGUGGUUGCAGGUGGAAAUGGACAAGGAAGUGGGGAUCAUCAGUUAUCUAGCCCAUUAGAUAUGAUUGUCGACAAAGAGAGUGAUAGUCUCAUCAUCUCCGAUUAUGCGAAUAGAAGAGUGGUUCGAUGGUCUCGUCGUAAUGGAACAAGUGGAGAAACAAUCAUCUCUAACAUCAAUUGUUUGGGUUUGACAAUGGAUGAGAAUGGAUCUCUCUAUGUCGUUGACACUGGAAAAGAUGAAGUGAGACGAUACCGAAGAGGAGAAUCUCAAGGAAUAGUGGUUGCAGGUGGCAAUGGAGGAGAAAAUCAUCUCGAUCAACUCUCUUCCCCACGAUACGUAUUUGUCGAUCAGGAUCAUUCAGUAUAUGUGUCUGAUUAUGGAAAUGAUCGUGUGAUGAAAUGGAUAGAAGGUGCAAAACAAGGCAUUGUUGUGGCUGGUGGUCAAGGAAAAGGAGAUGGUCUUACACAAUUGUCAUCUCCUCAAGGAGUCGUUGUCGAUCCAUUGGGCACUGUCUAUGUGGCUGAUUGGGGGAAUGAUCGAAUCAUGCGUUGGCCCCAAGGAGCCACACAGGGAAGUGUCAUUGUUGGUGGAAACGGUAAAGGAGGACAAUCGAACCAACUCAAUUGGCCCAUCGGUUUGUCAUUUGAUCGAGACGGCAAUCUCUAUGUCGUCGAUUUGGGAAAUGAUCGAGUACAAAAAUUCAAUAUCGAAUCCAAUAAUGAUGUAUUACAAGUGAAGAUAGAGACAGGUGAUGAAUUAUUUGCUGGGACGAAUUCUCAUGUUAGUCUUAUACUUCGUAGUGGUAAUGGUGUUAUUUGUCAAGUCUAUGAUCUGGAUAAUAUUGGUAAUGAUCGUGAACGAAAUAGUGUCGAUGAAUAUACAAUUUGUUGUUCAAAAGAUUUUUUCAAUGAUGAUGAUGAUGAAUUGAGCAUGUUAGCUGUGGCUAAGUUAACAAGAAGUGGAAAAGUUAUUCCUUUUUUUAGUGAUGAUUGA